GGCCGUUUGAGGUACUCUUCUUGCGCUGUGCUUACGGCGAAGCGAGGUGUCACCAACGUGAAGAUUGUCGUGCUGGACGCUGUGGACGACGACGAACGCCUUACGUUUGAUUGUUUUGGCCAAACACCGCACGCUGGGAAAUGAUGCAAACGGACGCGGGGCAGUCGCGACAGAAACCUGGUUCCUCCCUCUUCCUCUCUCAGCACCAACAACAGAUCCAGCUUCCCAUGUUGGGCCCAAACCUUCAGGUCCAGCAGAACAAGCUGCAGCAGGGCCAGCAGCCUGGACCUCAGCAGCAACAGGGCCCUCAACCCUCCGAAAUCCCGCUGCCACCGCAGAGCGGCCAAGACUUCACUCUUUCCAACGUUCUGCACUUUCUCCAGACCGAAUGGAGGCGAUAUGAACGAGACCGAAACGAGUGGGAGAUCGAGCGGGCGGAAAUGCGGGCUCGCAUCGCUCUGCUCGAGGGCGAGCGACGCUCCUUUGACAAUGUUAAGCUCGACCUCAUGCGACGUAUCAAGAUGCUUGAGUAUGCCUUGCGAGUAGAGCGGACGAAACAGCUGAACCAACCGUCAUCACAGGCCGUCCCGCCAACCAAGCUCGCAGCGAUACAGUCACAAAUGGGUGGCUCCUCGCAUAAAGAGGAGGGAAGCAGCGGUAGCUCUCCCAGGAGCGAAGACUCCCCACUGCCCCCAGAGGGCCAGGGCCCAAUGCCAAAUGGUGUCAAUGCAGCCAAAAAGACGCAAACAUGGUCAACUGGCUCGAAUUGGCCGCCACAAAACGGCCCGCUUGCGGGUACGAUUGGUACUAUGAGCAAGCCGCCCCCAGGUCGUGACCCAAAAAGCAGAGCUCGGAGUCGAGACUAUCUGAAGCAAUGCUUGCAAGAAGUGUCCUAUCUGACCUCGCCGCAGGCGAUGAACCCGCUACCUAACCGCCCUCUACUGAACAACACAAACGUUCCUCUUUCACUGCCUAACGUCCCUACAUUUGACAUGGCGUUUAACGGCCGGCCACGCAAAGUAAUGCCAGAAGUCGGCAAGGAAUUCCCUGUCCUAAAUGGUAUGGGCGGACUGAUGUCGGGACCACCGUCUGCGCCGGCAUCAACUGCUAGUCAAGGCAACCCUAUGGAUCGUGCUGGCAUCCUCAACUCAUCUUUGUUGCAGCAACAGCAGCAGCAACAGCCACAGCCGCAGCAACCGCCGUCAGGAUUACAGCCCCCGCCUCCGGAAUUAUCACAGCAACAACAGCCUUCUCAACAGCAGCAGCAGCAGCCCGAAACUAAGGAGAGUGACGCCACGGGACAGCAAUCUCUGACGGCAAUAUUUAGGCCCGACGAAGAUGGCGAGUGGAAGGAAAAGCUAAGGUUGGCACAUGAGGCUUCUGAACAGGCUCGCGCGGGACAGGUCUCCGCUAUUAGCGGGGCUACAUCGUGGGAGCAGCGAUCGAGGGAUGAAGAGGAUGAAGGGAAGAACGACGAUGAACCGGAAGUGGAGGAAGAAGAAGGCACAGAGAUAGGCGAGGGAGAGGGCGGCAAGGUCUGGAAGGCGAAGCGAACGCUACGCAAUCACCUCGAUGCCGUGCGGGCAAUUGCUUUCCACCCGAGCGAGUUGUGUCUUGCUAGCGGAGGUGACGACAACACUGUAAAGAUCUGGCGAGUUGAUGUCGCCAGCCUUGCCUCUUCCGCUGCACGCCCAACAACCGAGGUCGAACCCCAACUCACGCUUCGCGGACACUCGGCUGCCAUCACGCGGCUGGCUCAUGCGCCAUCGAAGCAUCUCCUGUAUUCUGCGUCACUCGACUCAUCUAUCCGCGUAUGGGCUCUUCCGUCAACAACACACACCACGUAUGCACCAUACGAUGCCACCCGCGCUCGUGGCGAGCUCAUCGGGCACACCGAUGCCGUUUGGGACCUUGCGCUAGUUCGUGAUGAGAACACACUUGUUAGCUGCGGCGCUGAAGGCUCCGUCAGAGUGUGGGACGUCAGCGGACCCUCUGGUGGUGGCUCUCUUAAGCUUUCGUGGUCCUAUGACGGCCUUGACUCCACUGCUGAGGGGGAACUGGAUCCAGAAACUAGCGACAGGCCGGGUGCGAGUGCUGUGGAAGCCAUCAAAACGGACUUAAAGAAGGUUGCGGUGGCAUUCGCCAAUGCGGUGAUUAAAGUCUUCGAUAUUGAGACUGGCAAGGAGGUCAUGAAACUACGGGCAGAAGCUACUGAAGACGGCAUCCCAGCUGGUCAAGCGAACUGUAUCGUGUCGCAUCCAACGAUGCCGCUGCUCGUUACAGGACACGAAGACAAGUACAUCCGGAUCUGGGAUCUUGUCACAGGCCAAUGCACGCACUCGAUCCUCGCACACCUCGAUGCUGUGGCGUCUGUCUCGCUCGAUGCCGCAGGUUUCUCGCUGGUGUCGGGCAGCCACGAUUGCUCGAUUCGCUUCUGGGACAUUCUAGGCACCCGUGCAUGCGUUCAGGAGAUCACAAACCACAGAGAAAAGGCGCGUGAAGGCGUGCUUGCUGUCGAGUUUCACCCGACAUUACCAGUCAUGGCAAGCACAGGAGCAGACGGGUCCGUCAAGCUCUACGCCUCCUCAUGAUCUACACCGUGAUUUCCGAUGCUGUCGUUAUUCUCGCUCUUGGACGCCUUGUUUUGUUGCAUCUCUCCGACUUCGCUUACCCCUCACGAUAGACUUGCAUACUAGGACGUAUAGCUCCAAUGAUGUGCAAUGUCCACGCCUCUAUAUACCUCCCUAUGUUUCUGUAUGUCUCAGGAAAAAUAAUGGGUUUGGAGCUGAUGUACAAUGCGAAGAAACGGCGACCUAUGCUACAGUGGUCCGGGAAUAAUGAAGUAAGGUAUGAGUGCGAAGAUGAUACACUGGCGGUCCCCCUCAGAUCGCUAGGGCGAAUUCUAUCAGCUAAGAG